UAAACAGCUACAACAUAACCACUGUGGUCUUUUCCUAUAUCGCACUCACGACAGAGUGACUAUUGGAUAACAAACAGCGACAACUGUGGCCUCUUCCUAUAUCGGAUCGUCCAUCGGUACAUAUUGAAAUAAUAUGGAUCUAUUAAGUGCCCGAUUGUUUUUUUACUUUUUCAUCUAUUUUACAUGUUUUAUUAGUCUGAAUUAUGGAAGCGAGGAAAUCGAUCUAACGACAGAACCAGGACAUUUAAAACCAUUCGGAACCGGGAGGCCAAUCCAUGACAUUGAGGAAGUACAGGGUUUCCCAAGUCCGGACGAUUUUUUCAAAAACUAUUUUUUUCCACAAAAACCUGUUAAAAUAGCAUCCGGUGCCAAAAUGUCGCCUGCCUUUAAAUUGUGGACGGACGAAUAUUUCUUGAAUCUGAAUAUCCCGGAACAUAGUACUGUUUUUCUGGAGACGGUUAAAAAAGAAAGUCGACAACAAAAAACGAUGAAUAUGGCUUUCAAGAAGUUUGUGAAAACAUACAUGAAUUCUACUUAUUACAUGGUGGACAAUGUACCAGAAUAUCUAAAAUCUGAUCUGAUUGUUCCGUGCAGUCUACAGUGUCAAAGUAUAUUGGCGGGAAAACUGGAUGAUAUCCUGAUGUGGUUCAGUAGUGGUGGAACCAACUCAGUUGUACACCAUGAUGGAUUUGACAACAUAAACUGUGUGUAUCGUGGAAGUAAAGAUUUUAUAAUUGUAGACCCGGUUAAAUUUAAAAAUAUGGUACCUAUAGAUAGACCAGAGGGAGCUUAUUCAACCAUUGAUGUAGAUAAAAUGGAUUAUACAAAAUAUCCCACGUUAGCCAAAAUAGAAUAUAUUCAUGCGCAUAUGGAACCCGGUGAUUGCCUGUACAUACCGUACAAAUGGAUACAUCAAGUGAGAUCAUAUAACAGUAAUUUAGCUGUGAAUAUUUGGUGGAAUCACUAUUCAGCUUUAGAUGUCGACACCAGUCAAUGCAAUAAAAAAUGUGAUCCAAAUAUGACCUUGCAUGGAGUCAAAACUAAAUCAUCCAAUAGGUUACCAACUUCCGGUGAACCUUUGAGGGCUUACAUAAUGGAUGAACUGAAUUUAGUACCAAAUAAAAUGGUGCCGUAUGAUGAAUUUAUUUUAGAGCUCAUUCCCGUUAUAGUGCAGGCCGAAGGAGACGAAUCUGUAAAAGUGGCUCUGGAUGAAAUCAAAGACUUGGCGAACAAGCUUUUAAAAGUAUUAGAUCAAGAUGCAGAUGGACAAAUAUCUUUACAGGAAGUAGCGUCACAGUCUUCAGAUAACAUGUUAGUCGCUGGUGAUAUAAUUAAACAAGUACAACAGAUUCAGUUUGCUCUCGGAGACAAAUAUGCUUAUAAUGACGAAGGUGGUGCAUAUGGUGGUGGUACAGAGGAAGAGGGUGAGGAUGAUGGCGAUGUCUUUGGGUCUUCCAUUGCGCUUGACGAGGAGGGUCAACUAGAUGAUGGCGGUGUCUUUGGAUCUUCGAUUGCGCUUGACGAAGAAGGUGAGGAUGAUGGCGAUGGUGAUGUCUUGUGGUCUUCCAUUGCGCUUGGCGAAGAAGGUGAGGAUGACGGCGAUGUCUUGGCGUCUUCGAUUGGGCUUGACGAGGAAGGUCAACCAGAAGAGGACUUAAUUGGUGAAUUUGAUGAAUUUGAUGAAUUUGGUGAAUAUCAUGACGAGCUUUAAAACUGGUUUCGUUGCUGGUGGGACUCACGGUUGCAUCGGGUUUGAUGUAAUGAAUUUAGACUAACAUGUGCCUAUCAUAUUGAUAUAGUGCUUCCUUUGGGUCUAUCAUAUUCAUAGGGUUUUCCUUUGUGCCUAUGAUAUUCAUAGGGGUUUCUUUUGUGCCUAUCAUAUUCAUAGGGUUUUCAUUUGUGUCUAUGAUAUUCAUAGGGGAUUCUUUUGUGCCUGUGAUAUUCAUAAGGUUUUCCUUUGUGCCUAUCAUAUUCAUAGGGAUUUCCUUUGUGCCUAUGAUAUUCAUAGGGGUUUCCUUUGUGCCUAUCAUAUUCAAAGGAUUUUCCUGUGUGCCUAUCAUAUUCAUCGGGUUUUCAUUAGUGUUUAUACAUAGACUAUGGUGUGCCUAUCGUAUUGAUAGGGGAUUCCUUUGUGUUUGGACAUAGUAGUGUGGGAAAAUG